AUGGGAACUUGUCAGGCUAGUUGCUGUAAUAAAGAUUUAGAAUAUGGUUUGAGAACACAUCAGAAGAGUGAAAGUAAUGUUGAUGAAGGCAAUCCAGAAUUUGAGGAUUCAAAAAUAAAGGAAUCACAUAAUUCAUAGUAGAAGGACAGGGAUAAAUUUCAAGAACAUCGUAUACAAGAGGAAAAACAAUUAAAUUUAAAGAAAGAUAAACCAAAAGAUUCCAGUAGUGUGAAUAACGAUAAAGAGGAUAAUUAAGGAAGAGCUAAGAACAAAGAAGCAAGUUAUAAAAUUGAAGAUUAUAAGACACCUAUUCCUGAAUCAAAAGAAUAAGAGAGCAAGGGUCAGGCAGAUAAAUAGGAGGUGUAGGAUAAAGCAAGUAAGAACUCGGUUUUUUCUAAGCCGAAGAAUUAGAAUUUAGAGUAUACUUAAAAGGUGUUGAAUACUGAUUAAGAUGAGACUAUGAGUGAUGUGAGAGUAAAGUUGGGAGCUAAGACUCUCGACAAAGGAGCAGUGUAUGAAGGGGAAUGGUUAAAAGGGAAACGGGAUGGGACUGGAAAGUAAGUUUGGCCUGAUGGGUCGAUAUAUGAAGGAGAGUGGGUAGAAGGUCGAUGUUGCGGGAAGGGAAAGUUAAUCCAUGGGGAUGGAGACAUAUAUGAAGGGGACUGGCUAGAUGAUAGAGCACAUGGAGUGGGCGUGUAUUUGCAUAUAAAUGGUGCUCGAUAUGAAGGACAAGUAUUGUAGUGUAUCUUAAUCUAGUGGUUUAAUGAUAAGCAAUAGGGCAAAGGUAUGGAGUCUUGGCCAGAUGGGGCUCGCUAUGAUGGAGAAUAUCACGAGGGAAGGAAGGAGGGUCAUGGAACUCUUUAUUUUGCUGAUGGGUCAAAAUAUUCAGGGUUUUUUGCUAAUAAUGAGAUACACGGAUAUGGGAUAUAUGAGUGGUAGGAUGGGAGAGUUUACAAGGGGAAUUGGAAACAAAACAAAAUGACCGGAGUGGGUGAAAUAAAAUGGAGUGACGGUCGAUAAUUCAUAGGAGUAUUGUUAAUAUUCAAUAAAAGAAUUACUAAGAGGAUUUGAAGCAUGGGAGAGGAUAGUUUUUGUGGCCUGACGGUAGGAGAUAUGUUGGCAACUGGGUUUAUGGCAAAUAAGAAGGUUAUGGUGCUUAUUACUUGCCAAAUCAGCCAGCAAAAUACGGAAUUUGGUCUGAUGGGAAGAGAACAUAAUGGUUGGAGAAUGAGGAGGUGGAAUAGUUAAAGAGUAAAUAAGUUAUAGAUUUCUGA